GCUUCCCUCAUUCUUCUCUUUAUACCAAAAAAAAAAAAUGGAUAAUAAAAGUAGUAAAACGUUUGGAGAACAAUACUGGUGGAGACCAAAUCCAGCGUUUAAACCGCCCGAAACGCCUUUAGAUUCUAUGGAGUUUCUCUCACGUACUUGGAGUGCUUCCGCUACUGAAGUUUCAAGAGCCGUCGUGGCUUCUCCUCCACCUCCUUCUUUAACCUCUCAACCGCCGCAAAUGCGUUUCUCCGAGAUCAAGAACGGUUCUUCCGACGUCACUUUGGUCCCGGAAGAUGAAGAGAACGGUGUCGUUUCAGGAAACACGUUCUCUUUCGCUUCUUCUGAGACUUCUUUGAUGGUCAUGGAACGUAUCAUGGCUCAAUCUCCGGAGAUUUCAUCGCCAAGAACCUCAGGGAGACUAUCACAUAGCUCUUUCACCGACAGCCCACCGAUCUCUCCUUCGGACAUCGACGACUUCAAGCAGCAAUUCUACCGUGUGAGCCCAUCCUUUAAUGGUCACAUACGUGGCCCAUCCGCUAUCCCUGGCACAGCCGGAGGGUCUAAGACUGUUGGUCGUUGGCUAAAGGACCGGCGAGAGAAGAAGAGGGAGGAGACACGUGCACAGAACGCACAGCUCCAUGCAGCUGUAUCUGUAGCUGGUGUGGCUGCAGCGGUGGCUGCUAUCGCUGCAGCCACGGCUUCUCAGUCAAGUGCUGGAACUGACGAGCAAGUAGCCAAGAAUGACUCUGCUGUGGCUUCCGCUGCGACUUUGGUGGCUGCACAGUGUGUGGAGGCCGCUGAGAUCAUGGGAGCUGAUCGCGAGCUCUUGGCCUCCGUUGUUAGUUCCGCUGUUAACGUUCGAUCUGCUGGAGAUAUCAUGACGUUGACCGCAGCUGCUGCCACAGCUUUGAGAGGAGCUGCGACAUUGAAGGCAAGGGCAUUGAAGGAGGUAUGGAACAUUGCGGCUGUGAUUCCGGUGGAUAAGGGAAUAACAAAAGGCGGUGGUGGUGGUUACAGAGGAGGCGAGUUAGCUCCCGAGGACAACUUCCUCGGGAUUUGUAGUAAGGAAUUGCUAGCCAAAGGUUGCGAAUUGCUUAAACGCACCCGCAAAGGUGACCUUCAUUGGAAAGUUGUUUCCAUCUACAUUAAUAGAGCAAAACAGGUAACGUUGAAGACCAAGAGCAAACAUGUUGCUGGGACCAUUACAAAGAAGAAAAAGAAUGUGGUGGUGGAAUUGGUCAAGGGAUUACCGGCGUGGCCUGGCCGGGAAAUGCUCGAGGGCGGAGAGAAUUUGAGGUAUUUCGGGCUGAAGACGAUUGAGAAAAGAGUGAUUGAAUUUGAAUGCAAAAGCCAAAGGGAAUAUGAUCUUUGGACACAAGGUGUUUCCAUGCUUCUUUCCAUUGCUUCUGAUAGGAAACAUAAAUGUUGAAUUAAGGUAUAAUCUUUGGGGGUAAAGUCACACUGAAAUUGGAAACUAAUGGGGCAAAUUUGUAUUAAUCUUAUUUUUUUCUUGGUAUUUUUAUUUGAUAGCUAAACGAAAAAUGGGAUUUUAAACUGUCUAAUUUUUUUCUUUUUCUUUUAGAAGUAAGAUCUUUGUAGUAGAAGAAUAUGUAAAUUACAUGCUAUUCUCGUUUUGUAAGUUAUGGUGAUUGGUAAAUCGGACGAAAUUUGUGUUUUUGUU